CUCUCUCAGUGCUUGGGGGCAAUCAAGCGGCGGGGAUGAUGGGAGUCCGGCCGGUCAGCCCUGCCAGCCUACCGACGCACCUAAACGCAGCCCAGCACUCCGCUGUGACGGCUCAACUUCUCUGUGUUCCUCCUCCCAGAAUCUACCCAGAGAAACAGUAAAACCAGCAGCUGGAGCCCACGCGGGACUUUAUUGGAAGCGCGCGCUCCUUUGCUUUUUAAUGAUCACACCUGAAAAGGAUAAAAUUCUUUUUCUGUUUUUAAAAUCUGCUUUCGUGAUUGGGACCAGGGCUCCUUUCAGGAUUAAAGGGGAGCAGAUGAAGAGCUAAAGCCGCUCCAGGAGAAUUAAGAAGUUGGGGAGAUGCUGGAGGAAGCGGAGCAGGCGGAGUGAGGGAGCCCGGUGCGCACUUUCUCCUCCCCGGCUGGACUGAAGCGCUACAGUCCGCUCCUCUUUGCGCUGCUGGAGGCGCGCGCAGGGGACACUUGCUCAUUCAUCUCAGCUACAUCAUCACUUUCCCUGGAUUAACAAAACAAGCGAAGAAGAGCUCAGAGAUUUCACUCCACGCACUCCGCGGAGUUUUCCUGUGUGGAUGGGGUUCGAGCGGCGCGGCGGGGAUGGUGUGAAAUAAAGCAGCAGUUUUUUAAACGCAGGAGUUUCACAUCUGGUAUACUGGGCCAGUCAGCAGCAGGAUCAGGAUGAGAAGAUGGCUGGCUGUGUGUUUCCAAUGGGACCAGAGAGCUUUCAGCGCUUCACGCCGGACUCCCUGGCGGCCAUCGAGCAGCGCAUCGCCCAGGAGGAGGCCCGACGCAACAAACACUACCAGGAGGACCUGGGCGACGUGGAGCUCCCCCGGCCCCGGGCUGAUCUGGAGGCAGGAAAACAGCUGCCACGCAUCUUCGCUGACAUCCCAUCUCAUCUGGUGGGCGUUCCACUGGAAGACAUCGACCCAUACUACUUCAAAGACAAGAGGACGUUCAUAGUCCUGAACAAAGGGAAGGCCAUCUUCCGUUUCAGUGCCACAUCCGCCCUCUACAUCUUCAGCCCCUUCCACCCUAUCCGGAGACUCGCCAUCAAGAUCCUCGUGCACUCGUUAUUCAGCUUGUUCAUCAUGUGCACCAUCCUGACAAACUGUUGCUUCAUGGCCAUGUCCGAGCCGGAGUACUGGGCCAAAUACCUGGAGUACACCUUCACAGGUAUCUACACGUUUGAGUCUCUCAUUAAGAUCCUGGCCAGAGGUUUCUGUGUGGGACCGUUCACCUUCCUGAGGGACCCCUGGAACUGGCUCGACUUCAGCGUCAUUGUCAUGGCGCUGUUAACAGAGUUUAUCAAAGUAGGGAACCUGCAGGCGCUGAGAACCUUUAGAGUGCUGAGAGCCCUGAAAACUAUCUCGGUCAUCCCAGGACUGAAGACCAUCGUUGGGGCUUUAAUCCAGUCGGUGAAGAAGCUCGCUGACGUGAUGAUCCUCACGGUCUUCUGCCUCAGUGUCUUUGCACUUAUUGGCCUGCAGCUCUUCAUGGGAAAUUUGCGGCAGAAGUGUGUGCGGAGCACGGCACACUGCUUCAAUGACACCUUGCCAGCCAACACCUCCUUCUACUGCAACAACAAGACCUGGGCCUCAAUCAAAGACUUCACCGAAGAUGAAGACAACUUCUACAAGGUGGAGGGAGCCAAGGAUGCCUUAAUCUGUGGGAACAGCAGCGACGCAGGAAAGUGUCCAGACGGGUUUGUCUGUCUGAAGGCAGGAAGAAACCCCAACUAUGGCUACACCAGCUUUGACACCUUUGGGUGGGCCUUUCUGUCCCUGUUUCGUCUGAUGACGCAAGACUACUGGGAAAACCUCUACCACCAGACGCUGCGUUCGGCCGGUAAGACCUACAUGGUGUUUUUCGUGGUGGUGAUUUUCCUGGGCUCCUUCUACCUGGUCAACCUCAUCUUGGCCGUCGUCGCCAUGGCGUACGAGGAGCAGAACCAGGCGACCAUCGCCGAGGCCUGCCAGAAAGAGCGGGAGUUUCAGCAAGCUAUGGAGAUACUGAAGAAAGAGCAACAGGGUGCCACCCAAAAAGCUACCGACUCUGACUCGUUGAUGUCACCAGACCUCUCUCCUUUCGGCCAACCAAUGGACAGCUUUGAGGAGCGAAGGCGGAGCCAGGCGCUAAUGGGCGUGGGGGACGUGGAGGCGAACCUAUCUGAGGAGAAGCUUCUGCAGGUGGACUUGACUGAUGGUGGAAAGCCGCUCCACCCACUCCUCGCACGCUCCUUUUCCACAAGGACGCGGAGAAGCAGUCAGGUCUCCUCCAUCUUCAACUUCCGACUGAGGAGCCGAGGGUCGGAGGGAGAGAUGGCCGAUGAUGAGUACAGCGUACCGGGCGACGUGGUGGAGGGCGUCGGUAGUCGAACCUACAGCGGAGGAACCUUCAGCGGCAUCCUGCCCCAACCGUGGCCCAAACGGAGGCCGAGCACCUACAGCACGGCCAGCCGGAGCUCCCAGGUUUUUUAUCCGACUCUAAACAUCAACGGGAAGCUGUUUGUUGCCAUGGACCAGAACGGGGUUUCCCCACCGCCACUGCAGGGGCAGCUGCCUGCUUGCACCAUGGAGAAGGUCAAGGAGGAGAGUGUUCCCACGUCCACCACAGAGCUCAGCACGAUGCUACUUCCUCGGCCUUCGUCCAUGCAGGACUCGGAGCGCAGGGGCAGGGCAAUGAGUGCUGCCAGCUACCUCACCGACGUCAUGGAAGAACUGGAGGAAUCCCAUAAGAAGUGUCACCCCUGCUGGUACACGUUUGCCCACCAUUACCUGGUUUGGGAGUGCUGCCCUAUGUGGCUUAAGGUGAAGCAGCUGGUGAAGAUCAUGGUGAUGGACCCCUUCCUGGACCUCGCCAUCACCGUCUGCAUCGUCCUCAACACGCUCUUCAUGGCCAUGGAGCACUACCCUAUGACUGAUGAGUUCAAUGGCAUGCUCACCAUCGGGAACCUGGUGUUCUCCGGGAUCUUCACAGCAGAGAUGGUGUUGAAGAUCAUCGCUCUGGAUCCAUACUACUACUUCCAGACGGGCUGGAACAUCUUCGACAGCAUCAUUGUCUGCCUCAGCCUCAUGGAGCUCGGCCUGUCCGAUGUGGAGGGGCUCAGCGUGUUGCGCUCCUUCAGGCUGCUUCGUGUUUUUAAGCUUGCUCGCUCAUGGCCAACUCUCAACACGCUGAUAAAGAUCAUCGGGAACUCUAUGGGCGCUCUGGGCAACCUGACGCUCGUCCUCGCCAUCAUCGUCUUCAUCUUUGCCGUGGUCGGCAUGCAACUGUUUGGGAAAAACUACCAGGAAUGUGUGUGUAAGAUCUCCAAGGACUGCACUCUUCCUCGUUGGCACAUGAAGGACUUCUUCCACUCGUUCCUCAUCGUCUUCAGGGUGCUGUGCGGCGAGUGGAUAGAGACCAUGUGGGACUGCAUGGAGGUCGCAGGGCAGCCGCUCUGCAUCCUCGUCUUCAUGCUGGUCAUGGUCAUCGGAAACCUGGUGCUGUUGAACCUCUUCCUGGCUCUGCUCCUCAGCAGUUUCAGCUCUGACAACCUCUCGGCUCCAGACGACGACGGGGAGAUGAACAACCUGCAUAUCGCUAUUCACAGGAUCACCCGGGGCCUGGCCUGGUGCCGCAGACAGGUGGUGGAUUUUUUUAAUGGGAACCUGAAGCGUCGUCGUCAGAAGCGAAAGGAGGCCAAAGCCAUGAUGAAGCUGAAACGCCUCAGUACCAUCCACACGGAGGCCAACGGUGCUGUCAUAGGGCGUCACGUGGAGAAGUACGUGGUGCCGGAGGAUGACAGCUACAUGACGAAUCCCAACCUGACCAUCAGCGUCCCCAUCGCCCCCGGAGAGUCGGACGUAGAGUUCCCAGAGGAGGAAGAGGAUGGGGAGGGAGAGGAGGAGCAGACUGAGGGUUCUGAGGAAGAAGAGGAGGAGGAGAGGGAGGAGCCGAAAGACGACAUCAGCCUAUCAGAGGGCAGCACGGUGGACCUGAGGAAGCCUGGAGAAGAAGAGGAUGAGUACUCAGAGAUGGCUGAAGAGGCGAUGGACCCUGACAACUGUUUCCCAGAUAUGUGCGUGGCCAGGUUUCAGUGCUGCGACAUCGACACCACCGUAGGUCUCGGACAGAUGUGGUGGAGGACGAGGAAGACCUGUUACCAGAUUGUAGAGCACAGCUGGUUCGAGACCUUCAUCAUCUUCAUGAUCCUCCUCAGCUCCGGAGCGCUGGCUUUUGAGGACAUCUACAUCGAGCAGAGGAGGGUGAUCAAAGUGGUGCUAGAGUACGCCGACAAGAUCUUCACCUACAUUUUCAUCCUGGAGAUGAUGCUCAAGUGGCUCGCCUACGGCUUCAAAAAGUACUUCACCAACUACUGGUGCUGGCUGGACUUCCUCAUCGUUGAUGUCUCAUUGGUCAGUUUGGUAGCCAACACAUUGGGUUAUUCAGACUUAGCAGCCAUCAAAUCCCUGCGGACGCUGCGGGCCCUGCGGCCCCUCAGAGCCCUCUCCAGAUUUGAAGGCAUGAGGGUGGUGGUCAACGCUCUGAUCGGCGCGAUUCCCUCCAUCAUGAACGUGCUGCUGGUCUGUCUCAUCUUCUGGCUCAUCUUCAGCAUCAUGGGCGUCAACCUUUUUGCCGGGAAGUUUGGCCGCUGCGUCAACAGCACGGGCCAAGUCUACGACGCUUCUGCAAUCACCAAUAAGUCGCAGUGCGAGACCCACAACGACACCUCGACGCACUACUGGAGCAAAGUCAAGGUCAACUUUGACAACGUGGGUGCCGGGUACCUGGCCCUGCUACAAGUGGCAACGUUCAAAGGCUGGAUGGAUAUCAUGUACGCAGCGGUGGACUCGAGAGCUGUGGAGGAGCAGCCUAUCAAGGAGAUCAAUCUGUACAUGUACCUGUACUUUGUCAUCUUCAUCAUCUUCGGCUCCUUCUUCACCCUCAACCUGUUCAUCGGUGUCAUCAUCGACAACUUCAACCAGCAGAAGAGAAAGUUAGGAGGACAGGACAUCUUCAUGACCGAGGAGCAGAAGAAGUAUUACAACGCCAUGAAGAAACUCGGCUCCAAAAAACCUCAGAAGCCCAUUCCCAGACCGAUGAACGCUCUGCAGGGCUUCUUCUUCGACCUGGUUGGGAAGCAAGCGUUCGACAUCAUCAUCAUGGUGCUGAUCCUCUUCAACAUGAUCACCAUGAUGGUGGAGACGGACGAGCAGCCGCCUCAGAUGGAGAAGAUCCUGAACAACAUCAACCUGGCCUUUAUCAUCAUCUUCACUGCCGAGUGCCUGAUCAAGAUCAUGGCGCUGCGUUGCUACUUCUUCACCGUUGGCUGGAACAUCUUCGACUUCGUGGUGGUCAUUCUCUCCAUCGUGGGGAUCGUGCUUGCUGAUAUCAUUGAAAAGUACUUUGUGUCACCCACACUGUUCAGAGUGAUCCGACUGGCUCGUAUUGGACGAAUUCUGCGCCUCAUCAGAGGCGCUAAAGGAAUCCGGACGUUACUGUUUGCCCUCAUGAUGUCCCUUCCUGCUCUCUUUAACAUUGGACUUCUCCUGUUCCUUGUCAUGUUCAUCUACGCCAUCUUUGGUAUGGCCAACUUUGCCUACGUGAAACGGCAGGGGGGGAUCGAUGACAUGUUUAACUUUGAGACGUUUGGGAACAGCAUGAUCUGCUUGUUUCAGAUCACCACCUCUGCAGGAUGGGACAGCCUUCUCAGUCCCAUUCUCAACAACUCCCCUGAGGAGUGCGAUGCCAACAUCCCCCACACUGGCACCACCGUCAGGGGGAACUGUGGGAACCCAUCAGUGGGCAUCACCUUCUUUGUCACCUACAUUAUCAUCUCCUUUCUGAUUGUGGUAAACAUGUAUAUCGCCAUCAUCCUGGAGAACUUCAGUGUUGCCACUGAGGAAAGCACUGAACCCCUCAGCGAAGACGACUUCGAGAUGUUCUACGAGGUCUGGGAGAAGUUCGACCCGGAGGCCACGCAGUUUAUCGAGUACUCCAAGCUGUCCGACUUUGCUGACUCGCUGCUAGAGCCGCUGCGCAUCGCCAAGCCUAACAAGAUCAAACUGAUCUCCAUGGACCUGCCCAUGGUCAGUGGAGACAAAAUCCACUGCCUGGACAUCCUGUUUGCCUUUACCAAGCGUGUCCUGGGCGAGUCAGGAGAGAUGGAUGCCCUCAAGCAGCAGAUGGAGGAGAAGUUCAUGAUGGCGAACCCGUCCAAGAUCUCUUAUGAACCCAUCACUACAACUUUGAGGCGCAAGCAGGAAGAAGUCUCCGCCACCAUCAUCCAGAGGUGUUACCGCAGACACCUUGUGAGGCGACAGCUGAAAGCCGCCUCCUACAUGUACCGCCAGAUCACCACACCUCGGCAUGCAGGAGGUGAAGGUGAACAAGGAGGUGAAGUAGUGUUUGGGGAGGAUGCGCCUGAGAAAGAAGGGCUGAUUGCUACCAUGAUGAGGGAAAACUACGGCUCAAGCAUGUUAGGGAUCGAGCGCUCAGAGACGAUUUCCUCCACCUCAUCUCCACCUUCAUAUGACAGCGUAACACGGGCCACAUCCGAGAUCUUUCAACCGCUCGCUGUCAAGACAGAAACUGUUGCCGACACUGCGGGCAGCGAACAAAGUGAACAAUCACAGUCAGAAAUCACCCAUGACAGACAGCAGGAAACGACGCCAUAGCAGGAACAGAAAAGCAAAAAAAUAAUUAACAAAUGAGGAUUUUCUCAUUUGAGGUUGGCCUGUUUAUUCUUUUGUUUACUGAAUGUACCAUAGCUGAGAACGCUGAAGCGGCAGCAGAAAGAAGCUAUGAAGAACUACGAGGAGCCUGCAACAUGGAAGAAUUACUACCUUUAAUGUCAUUUCCUGUUCCCUGGAGAAAGUGUUUUGGGAGUUUCCUGAAGGGAAGCAAAGCAACUGCAAAACAGAGAGGGUAACCCUGUCUGUCAGGUCAACUCUGCCUUUGUUGGAGUAAUAGACAGUAAAGGAAAACCUACUCUUGGGUCAACCAGAACCGGGAGUUUAGAACAAUGACCUUUCACCAAAGCUACAGGUGGUCAGAGGGGGCAGAGCAACUAUAUCACAAAUGUAUCCAUCAUUUUUUGGCCUGGGGAGUUUGUGCCUUCCCACAGUUGAUCAAUAUUCUCAGAGUAUGUUUGGUUGUAAGAGUGACGGCGGUGUUUCUCAACACGUUAAGGGUCGAUGGCGUUCUGACUGACACUCGAGAGAGGAGGGAAAAUAAUGACAACGUGAUUUCAAAACAAUGUUUUCGUAGUAAAAGUACGUUGUUGAUGUUACCAGUCUUUUAAUAGCGGUACAAUUAUUACUAUUUUUUAUAUUUUUUAGAGUAAGUUGAAGAAAACCAGUUAGCGGUCUCUCUUUUGACUUCGGAGUGGCACUAACUAUGAAAAAGUGGCUGAACUACUAUGUUGUAAUAGAUGAGAGGAGAAGGUGCGGUCAGGAAAAAAAUUUUCUCAAAAACCUGAAUCUUCAUCUGUUUUUGUUGGCAGUUUUGCACUUUUUGAGUUUACACCUGCUCUCGCUUUACCGCACCUGGGCGAAGGCACAGUGUAGAAGAGCCUGGGAUUUCAUUAUUUUUCUUCUCAAAACCUUUUGCGAUAACACCAAAAAAAUGACACAAGUGCACAAUGAGAUUUUCUACACGGUCUCAAACUCUUCUAACACGCAUCUUUGCCCAGUGGUGGACGCCCUCAUACUCGGCAGUUUCUUGGCUUGUGGGUGAUUUGUCUAAAAGUCAUGUUAGAUAUUCCGGCUUCACUUCCCUAUAACAUGAAGCAGAAGAGUCCUAUUUCACUGUCACCACACUGAGUGGGGAGAAAAAUGAAGCUUACUGGCUUUCAUUGAUUAAGGAUGCAUGAUUUAGGAAUAAGUUUUAUGGAAUGCUUUGAAAAACACCUGCCUGGGUGGAAGGAAAAUAAGAGGCUUGUCAACUGUAGUGUUAUUCUCCUAUGCCAAAAAUAGUCAAGACUGCAGGUGAAUUUACUCUUUUUUUUAUAUUAUUCAGUUUAGUAAAAGCAUCAGACUGCUGGUUUAACACCAGCCUAGCACAAAUUCAAAAUAGGUUUAAGCAUGCAGCAAACCACCAGUCUUUGCUUUUUAACAACUGAACAAAGACAUGUGAUAAUAAUAAUGAUGAUGGUAAUAAUAAUAAUAGUCGUAGAUUUUAUAUAGCUUUUUCCUAACAAUGUUACAAAGCGCUUCAUAGAAAGAAUCAAAAAGCAAAAUAAAAACAUCAGAACAAAGAGGUUAAAAAAACCUACAAAAAUGACCACAGCUCAGAAGUAAAAGAUCAAUUCAAAAGGAAGCAAGACAGCAAUAACAAGCGCAGAACACUGAGAUUCAUGCAGGACACCUGUUAGCCUAUUUUAAUGCCAUGAAUGCCUCCUUUCAUUUUUUUUUCUUUUCCUAAGAGCAUUUGAUGUCUCUGUACAAACUGAACAUUGUCAACUUUUAUGACAAAUCACCCGCUGUCAUUCAGCAUCUGUCUGGUCUGAGUUCGGCUCGGCACAAACCGGCUUUAAGGUCCUGGUGGUGUCAGCCAGCUCUGACUACAGAGCGACAAUCAGCUCAGCACAUCUGCAUCAGGAUUUCUCCCCAUUUGGUUUCAUGAAAAGCUUAAAAGGCCACGCUGACUCUCGUGUUUGACCAUCACCAGUGUCCUGGAACAACCUUAUCUUGAAAACUCAACAGCAAUAUGGCAACGUUGAAGAAACCAGAGACAGCACAAAAGGCAAUGAAACUCUGUUACUUUGCCAAAGUUUUAGUAUUUUGUUCCUGACUAGCUGUCAGUGUGACAGAAGUAUGAAUACUCUUGGUACUGUCAAUGAAUAACGCAAGAGGUCACACGCCUCCCUGCGGAGAUACAUUUCAUGUAAAUGAGGCUCAGUAAUUCACACACAUUUUGCUUCCCAUUAACCAAAUUUUAUCAGAAUUUGGUUGCAAUUCAGUCAGAGAUCCAGAAGGGGGCGCUGGCAAGACUGUCUUUAGUGAAAAAGGGUGAAUGGAGCUAAACAGCUAAGUUAAUGACUUCCACCUGCUUCUAUUCAAAAACAUCUAUAUUACUUUUCAUAAAUCCAGCAUCAACAGCACGUCUGAAAUUAAUCAAAACAACACUUAUGUUCGGUUUUUCUCACAGUUAAGCCGGUUUUGCACAUUAAACACUAGCAUGCUGCUAAUGGGUGCUGAUUACUUAAGCAAUUGGGAUGGAACGUCCUCCCGCCAUGGCAGCAGAAACCCCGUCAGAAGUUCCUAUGUGGUGAAGUUGUGAAUCUCUAAUAAUCACAGGGAGAUUCUACUACAAUAGAAACCUGUAAAAAAAAAAUCGAACUCCACUCAUUGUCUUGAGCCCUUCUACCGAAAAAAACAUGCAAACUUCGGGAAGAACGUUUUUUCCUCGAAAAUUUUAAAUUUUUGUUUUACUGCCCAGUUCACUCUGGAUGAGCUCAACACCGCCCCCUAUGGAGCUAGAAGACCACAGAGCUCUCUGUGGUGCUGGACGUUCAGCUGCCAAAAUAUAUGAACUAUUUACAGCUUCAGAUUAAUCCAUAAACCACAAAUAACAUCUUUCAUUUUUUUUAUCCCAGUUGUUCAAUGAUUAUACAUUUCGGGUUUAUCCAGGACACUGAAAUUUUAUCUCCAAAUGAAGCAUUUCAUUUCAGUGUGAGGAGAUAAAUUGGUGAAUUCUGACUCCUACGUGGAGAAUUUAUAGCUUUAGUUUUUACUGAAAAUAUCAAACAGUUCAAAAUGAACCUUCUGUGGUGAAAUAGGUGUGCCCAUUUUUCUAGGUGCAGAUUUUAUAUUCAGCACAUUGAAGACUUUGCUGAUGUCAUUUUUUCCCCCCAAUGAUUGAAAAAUCAACUCUUCAAAACCAAAACACCGCUUCAUUUAUUUAUUUAUUUAUUCAUCCUCUUUUUGGGAAGAUUUUCAGGUCAAUUGCUUUAUUUUUAUUUUAUUUAUCUUUUUUAUGAUAAUUAUUUUUGCAUUUUGGCUGGAGGAGGAGAGGAGGUCGAGCGAGACGGCUCUUUAUCUAUUUUGCACAGAGAAACAAAAAAAAAAAACUAACAAAACAAACAAACCGCGUCAAGCAAUAACGGUUUGCAGAUACCUUUUAACUGAAUUCUUGAGUAACGCUUGACUUCACAGAUGCUUUUUCUCACUGAAUGUGUCUGUGGAUUAAAGGGAAAAAUCCCACACUAACACUUUGAGCAUUUGGUGGAAUAUGAUUAGCCGGAUGCAGCACUGAUGGCGUUACUGUGGACUUACAGACACACGGGUCCAUACAGUGGCACGAAGCCGACGUGAAGCAGCGUUACCGCUUGUUUUUAUUAAGACGAAGUGUCAAAGUGUGCGUGUACAGCAUUUGUUCAGUCUGCUUCAAUAUUUCAAACAACCUCUCUCUCUGUCUCUGUCGUUGUGGUCACCCGAGGGAUCUUUACUAAACGCUUUCCUAGACUAAUUUUAAAAAGGAAAAAAAGUAGAAAAAAAUUUUACUGGCACCGUCUGGACUCUAUUUCUACUAGAUUCUAUUGAGAAUAGAUAACGAUAUAAACUAGGUAAAUACUAAUACACUGCUGAACUGUGCUGCGAGGCGUAUUUAAUAAUAAUAAUAAUAUUUCAGGUUGCAGUUGUGCUGAAGGGCUGUUUUCAGUAGCAAUAGACCCAGAGUGUGCCUGCUACACAUGAACCCCAUCACUCCAAGCCAUGCUUUACCAUUGGUUGAUUGAUAAUAUGCUUGACUGAUUGAUGAGCCAGUUGAUUUUUCUGAUUUCUUGACUGGUUUCAUGUUUGGUUGGUUGAUGAAUUGAUUCUUAUGGUUUUUGAUCAUUAACACAGUCUCCACAGUCCCCUCCCCUCCAUCACUGCUGUGACUCUUCCUCAUAACCUAUCGAACAAACAGCACAGAGAGCUAACAGGCUGACGUCACUUUUAACUGUCAAAAAGGUCCAGAUUCACUAACGUCUGCAGGGAAAAGGGUGCAGUGUUGUCAGGAGAGCACAUGCUGGCAUGUAAUUCCAUACUGAGAUGUUAAAAUGGAGACAGCUGAAUAAGAAAACAUCCAGCUGUUUAAUUCCCAUAAACUGCAUAUAAAAGAUGAACAUAGCUACCAUGAAAUCCCUUACUGGCUUGCCAACUCUCAUUUUUCAAGUUUCAAGCAGGAAGGCUUGUCCAUCUUAGGUUUUUGAAAUGUCUUGAGGCAGGCAAGCAGGAUUAGGCCCUCACUAACCUGUAUGCUGAUCUGACUGUUUCACUCUAAUAGGGCCACAGUUUUCUAAAUGAACACCAUGUUUUGUUCAAUAAGCGACUGAGAGAAAUAAAUUCAUCAGGAAACUUUUAAGCAGUUUAAGUUGCCGCACCCUGUGACUGCUUUGGUUGCUAGCAGAUUGCUCAUAUUUUGCAUGAAAUACGUCCACUAACACUUGCAAACUACUCACAAGCAGUAAUGAAACCAAGACUGUGGGAACUUGUGGCCAUCUUCUAGAACCAAAGCAAUUGCAGUAAAGUUUUUAGUCCAGCAGCGUAUACCUCUUUGAAAUUGAGUUCACCUGGAGAUGUUGGGUGAAACUGAAAGAAUGCAAAUUUUCCUGUGGAAACCUGGCUGGUCUCCAAGCCUGACGUCUUAGGUCUCUGACAGCAAAAAUCUGGUUUUCUAACAGGACCAUCAAUUAUAAAAUGAAGAUCAUGUUUUAAUCUGUAAGGCUUGAAACUAGCGACUGUGAUCAUAAAGGAUAAGUAAACCGUUUACUGAGCUUAUAGAUCAAAUUUCCAGUAGACCUGUACACUCACUACCAAAUUUGGAACAAAGACAGCUUCACUAGAACUUUAAAAGAGGACGGUGAUUUUCUUUUAGAGCUGGCUUGAACCCUUUCAGAGGACCAGAAAGAAAAACGGACUUUCUUCAGAGUGUUUCCAGGUCAGUAAAGAUAUCAGCAAAGGGCUUUUGUAGAAAAGAACAGUCAUCAAAUUAAAGGCUCAGUUAUUGGCAUUAGUCUACUUAGAUUUCAAACAGAGAUCUGCUCAUGAACUCAAAGAUUGUUUAAAUCCUUCCAAAAUUACCUAAAGCUAUCAACACAAUGCAUGUAAAACAUGGAUACUGUGCUCGAGAGAUAUCAGAUGAAGUUGAGCUGUCUUUGUAGUGAGACAGUGUAGCCUUUAUUUAACCAGGUGAGUCACUCCAAGCAUAUUCGUAUUUACAAGGACAGCCAGGGAAUGGCAAAGCCUCAAGAGUUUACAAGAAACAUACUCUACUUGUUGCCCCUGAUCAUGGACGUUUCAGUUCAAGUUUACAAAGGUAAUUAGAAAUAGUUUAUUUAGGAUUUAGGAUUCAUCAGUAAAACAGGAGGCCCAGCUUUGAGACAAAUCCAUUUUUUAUGCUUUGAGAAGCUUCUUGAAAGCUCAAACCUCCAGGGUUUGCUACUGGAGGCAUCCUGUUAACAGCGUUGUAGUUUGUGCCAGUCUACAGCUCCAGGGUGAUAUUACUUGGUGGAUACUGCUUGGCAACCUCAUCCUGACAUAUCCAGCUCUCUCAAACUGAUAUUCAGUAUUUGCUGCAGUGGAAAAAAGAAAACUGCACAAGCUUUUGUCAGAGUGUUGCUUCAGUGAAUCUGGACCUCAGACUUUGGUUUGCACUGAGCACAAAAACACAUUCAAACACUUACUGCAAUCACUGGGACAGUUGGCUGCUCAGAAGUUUGUUCACCUGAAACAAACAAUGAAGCAAUUACAGCAGCAAAACAAAGAGCAGCUUUGUCCCUGAACAGUCUGUACAAGGGAAAGUAACAAAGCCUUCUAAAUAACCUCCAAAAUGUUUGAGCACUCAGAAUGAAAAACAGAAAAAAAUCUGUCUGCUUUAUGAUUUUUCCUGCUCUGAUAUGAUAAACUGUUCAAAGUCUGAGCAAAUUAAACACCAUCUUUGCUCCAAGCUGUGGGUCAGACCAUGUGGUGCUACUGAGGGGUUUGGAAGAGUCCAUUUUAUGAAGGGAGGGGGGUGUUUAAAACACAAACUGAGAAUCUCUGCUCCUAUUUGCCUUCUUCCCCUGUUUGAAAACCAAAAGCUGCUUCAUCAUCCUCGAAACAAAACGACAAACACCCACACGGAGGAAAUGCACAGAAAACCAGAGGUUUCAUUGUUCUCUAUUAUUGCUAUUCUUACUAUUAACUGUGUGAUAAAUGCAAUACAACAGUUGUGUAAACAGGCAGUGAGUGAUGUUCUAUCUUAUUUACAGUAUGAGGAUAAUAAAAAUGAUGCUUUUGGGGUUUUUUUAUUAUUAUUAUUUUCCCGCUGUCAGGGGUUUGGUUUUUCCAGGCAUCUUCUCACUGCUUAAACCACAGUCGUCCCAUUUACACCGUCACUGGUUUCACAGCGGGUGGCGAACUGGUUUGCAGAUUUCCAGUGUCAUAUCAGUCCCAAAGAAACCUCAUAUCUUGAGAAAGUUGCCUUUUUCUUAGGAAAGGGGGGGAGUUUGAAUAUUUCCCUUUCUGACACCUCUCGAAUCCUCUUUUAUUCCACAUGAGAAAAACAGGAACAUUUCUCUUAUUGUCACCUUUGGGAUAAAAUGAGGCCACAAAUAGUAGAAGUUGGAAAAUAUGCUUCACUAAGUUGACGAUAAGAGGUUUCAUGAUACAAGUAGUUUUAGUGCUUUCGCUGGAAAACAUUAAACUUUAUAGCUGGAGGGUUAAAACCUUGUAACUCCUGAAAUUUAAGGCUUGAAUAUAUACGGAAAUUAAGAAAUAGCAACGUAAUGAGCACAACUUUUAAAGUCCAAAUUGGAACAGUGUCCAUCACAGUUGUGUCAUUUUCUAAAAACACAAAACCCAAAAACAUAAUAAUAAGUUACAACGUUUUCCUCUGACGUCAGUGGUACUCGCCGGUGAAACCUCGGUGUAAAGGAGGCGAAAGCCGUGCCUCAGUGACCCCACCCUGGUGUUUUAGAGACAAUAAUAUUUACAAUUAUAAUUAUAAUAUGAAUAUAUAUAAAUAUAUAUAUAUACUUUUUAGUACUUUGAGUUGAAAUACUUUUUAGUAUUUUGCAAAUACAUGUCUCUGUAUAUAAAAGAAAAGCCUCCUGUAAUAAACAAGAAAAAAUUUAAUACUGAA